UUACUUCAGGAAUCAUCUAUCACUGACCUCACUGAUAAGUACUACCUUGCCUUCAAAGCUAUCGCCCUUCAAACAUGCCACAUUGUUGAGGCUCUCAAUACAGCAGGGCAUGACAUCACACCUCUGUAUAUGUCCAGUGGGCAGGCAAAUGAUGCAGCUCUUUGCAGACACAUGUGA